AUGCUGGCGGAGGCAGGGGAGACAUGGGACGUUUACAGGGUGGCCAUGGGUGAAUUUCCAGACGAGCAUGAGUUGCCUCUCUACCAUGGCUUCGUUAUCACUGGCAGCUGUAACGAUGCCUAUGCUAAUGACACGUGGAUCCAUGACCUCAUCAAUUUGCUCCACAAACUCAACUCCAUGAACAAGAAGAUCCUCGGCAUUUGCUUCGGCCACCAGAUACUUGGGCGUGCAUUGGGAGGGAAGGUGAGUCGUUCUCCGACUGGUUGGGACAUCGGUGUCAGAACCAUAACCUUGUCUUCAUCUUCACCAUUGGCACUCUCAUCUCUCGACAUUCCAUUAAAGCUUUCUAUUAUUGAGUGCCACAGAGACGAGGUAAGAGAGCUGCCAGCUAAGGCAGAGGUGAUUGCUUGGUCAGAGAAAACUGGAAUUGAAAUGUUUAGGUAUGGAGAUCAUAUUAUGGGAAUCCAAGGUCACCCUGAAUACUCUAAAGACAUUCUUUUGCACCUUAUUGAUCGCCUUCUUAACAAAGAUUACAUUAUGGAUGAUUUGGCUGUAGAAGUAAGGGAGAAAAUUGCACUUUGGGAGCCAGACAAAGAAGCAUGGAAGAGGGUCUGCGUUAGUUUUCUCAAGGGUCGGUUGUGAUAAAUAAUGCAUACUUAAUUAAGGAAAGGGCGGGUUUUGUAAAUAAAUGAUAUAUUAAUGUGGAAGAGAGAUGAGAUCUAUCAUAUCAUAUAGGAGUAAUUAAUUUAAGAAAGGGAAAUUAUUAUGUCAAUUUCCACUAAUGCAAGCACAGCUACUUUUGCAUAUUAGAGAAAUUAUGUAAUUGCACAUCAAUGUCAAAUUAAUUAACUAGGGGAAUAAAACUACCUUUACUAGUAUCAAUCUUGAAUUGAACUAGUUGGUGAAAAGUAGAAAUGCAUGCUACUUAUGAAAUCAUACCCAUUGUUUGAAAGCCUUCUUAC